GCCGCGACUUGUGAAGGCACAGUGUUGUUCAAGUAAAAACUUUACCAUCGAUCGUAACCUUCCCUGAAGCUAUAAAGGUGUUUGACUUCUCCAAGAUGGCUGUUGCUGAGCAGUGUCCCAUGGAUGAGAGCAGACAGCUGGAUCCCUAUGAGCAAGACAAGGAAGCACAUGAAUCCUUCAUGAAAAGUAGGAGUAGUAGCCUCUUAGGACGUAAGGAUAUCCUGGAAGAGAUUGACAGGGGGUCCAGGGGGAAGUGUGGCGCCCUCAUUGUUCUUGGUGGACCAGGUAUCGGCAAGUCUUCUCUGCUAGCCAGGGCUGCUGAUGUAGCAUGCUUGAGGGCCGCCAAGGCAAUGCCCAGUGGACAGGGACCUAAUUUGAACGUAUUCUAUCACUUUGUCGGUGCCAUCCCAGGAUCCACUAAUCCAGAGAAAAUGAUCAAAAGACUUCUCAGAGAACUCAAUGUCUGUAAUGACCUUAACAUGCCCAAGGACUAUGAAUCAGCGUGCCAGAUUGCAAGCAGUGCCCUCUCAAACCCAAACACAAGGCCAACACUCAUCGUCAUUGAUGCUCUCGACCAGCUUGAUGAGGACGGAACGGCCUCCGCUUUAAGAUGGUUGCCAUCCAAACUAAGAUGGUUGCCGCCCGAACUUGCACCCCAGGUCUGUUGUGUCUUGUCCAUGAUCAACGAAACCCCUCCUCAUCAUACGCUGAGAGAGAGGAAGAUCAAACGGGUGGAGCUACCCGUCCCCCCUCUAGAGAUGGAAUCCAGAAGGGAGAUUGUAUCAGAGAUCCUAGGUCAGUUCGACAAGCGUCUGGACGAGGAGCAGAUGGUGAGUCUUCUGAGCAAGGAAGCAUCUCAGAACCCUCUCUGGCUGUCUAUCGCUUGUGAAGAGCUCCGAGUCUACGGUGUCUUCUCUAAGGCCACAGACAAGAUCAACACCCUGGCAGAUGGGCUUUUAGAGCUCCUGGCUCAAGUCCUGGAGAGGUUGGAAGCUGAGGGUGGAGGGAGCCUUAUGGUUGCUACCCUGUGUCUCCUGGAGUGCUCCUCCUCUGGUCUCCUGGAGGCUGAGCUACUGGCCAUCCUCGGAGAUGAGGAUAACCUGAUGCCUUCAGAUAAUGGAAAGAACAAAAAGAAAAAAGUGAAACCUGUAUAUAAAGACUGCUCAAGGAAGACAGUCACACGAAAAGUGGUCUUUAUAGGCAGCUGGUCUCUAGAGCAGGUUCUACUUCAUCUUCUAUGUAUUUUGAAAUGUUCAGGUGCCAGCAAGAAGAGGAAAAAAUCCAACAAGCCCCAGCCGCUGACCGCCGUCAAGUGGGCCCGGGUCUACCGUACUCUGCAACCUUUCCUACGACCCUUUGGGGAGAGUGGAGAGGGGCGGCUUGAGUUCUACCACCGCUCCCUCAGCAAGGCAGUCAGAAAGAAGUAUUUCAAUGCCCGGCUGGCUGGGGAAGGAGAGGGCGCUGCCAUGAACGUAACUCUUGUAUGCUGGUGGAACACAAAACUGGCCGAUUACUUUGAAAAUGUGUCUAAUCUGGAGAGGAAAGUUGAGGAAUAUCCAUAUCAACUGAGAAAGUUAGGAGACAAGGAGCGUUUAACUGAAUGCCUCUCUGAUUGGGAUAUGAUCAAGGGUCUGUAUAAUGAAGACCACAGCUCGCAGCUUCUUUCUUACUGGAGACAGAUGGAUGAGAAGUAUGAUACAAUGGCAUCUAAAUACACCGAGAUGAGUGUUGCUAUGUCGAGUGAUGAUCCUAAAAAAACUGCAGAUAAACUCAGCUGCCUUGCACGCAUUCUGUAAGUGCCUAACAAGCUUUAGUACUAUGCAUGUGGUACAUGUACCUUUUAAAGGUAUAAUCUAAAGGUUUUGAUAUGGUUGUAAAUGUACUGCAGUUGAAGUUAUUAGUAAUUAGGCUUAAAAUCUGAAGGAAAAACAUCCUGGGCAGUCGUUAGAAGAAUUAUCGAUAUUCAGAAAGGGGGGAAAAAAGAAUUAGAAAGGGGGAGGGGGGGGGGGGUGGGGGAAAUUAGAAUGGUAAAAAUUAUAUUUGUACUGUGAUUUGAAAGAAAGUAUUUACUGUUGCUGCUACCCAUCAUCUCUCAACUAAUUUUAUACUGACUUGAUUUGUCAAGAUAUAUGCAUGUACAUGUACAGUGUAUAAUACUCAUAAAAUCGUCUGUCUUUGAUUUGUGCA